AUGAAGUCCAUUUUAAUUAUAUCGACUGUGAUUUUACAUAAUCAGCUAGCAACAUCACAAGUUUUCCGCCCACAAUACACAAGGCCAAUCGCAGAUCUAGAAAAUGGAAAACUCAUUAAUUUACCGCCCAACGUGAUUGAUCCGCCCAGCACGAACAUUAUCCCUCUUCCUAAGAUCAUUCCGGCCCCUAGAACCACUCUCAUCACAGACUGCUCACCCUCUAUCUGUGAGAACUUAGCCAACACAAUACAAUUGAUGAUAGUUUGCAACCUAUUGCAAAAUAAAUACAGUUCAGAUUGCAAUAACAAACUAACUUUGCCUGUGUUAAACGAUUUAGCGUCGCCUGCUCUCAAUAAUCUAAUUAUGCCAAAAAUAGUGAAUAGUAAUAUUGCUCAGUCCAAUAUUGUUGGUAAUUAUGUUCCGUCUAACUUUUAUCCUUCUGUGCCUAGUUUGAAUCCGCAUAAUAUGAUUUUGCCUAACGUUAUUCCGCCAAACGUAAUUCCAUCAAACAUGAUUCCGUCAAACGUAAUUCCGCCAAAUAUGAUUACGCCAAAUAUGAUUACGCCAAACAUGAUUACGCCAAAUAUGAUUACGCCAAACAUGAUUACGCCAGGUGUCAUUCCGCCGCCUGUAAUACCUACGGCCGUUUCUCCAGCGUGUCCCAAUGCUCAAUUAGGUACGGCUAAUGUUAAUGCUCUACUCAAUACGUUAAUGGGUAUGCUAGGUAAUAUAAGAGGUUAGUUUAAGAAAUAAUUUAUGUUUUG